AUGGUGGAGCUGGACAGCCCCAACAACAAGCUAGCUUCGCCGCCCAAGAAGAUGAAAAGGGGAAAAUCCCUCCUUUCGGUGUGCCAAAAAGUUGAUCAUGCUCUUUCAAUGGUUCAAGACGAUCUGCAAGCUACUUUUGUCGGACAAAUAGAUAUAAAGGGCACAACCUCCGCUCGAGGAAAUGAUCUUGGAUGGAACUUUGUACUUCUUUUGGCUGCCACCACUUCUAAGGAUAUUGGUGGAAUUGUUAUGCGCUUACUGGAAGGGUCCAAUGAUGCCGUUUCGUAUGUGGCGUCGCCUGAACAGCUGGCCAUGCCCGCUCAAGUCUAUGGAUCUCCAAAAGGAUCUGAAUCGCUUUCCGCAGGACUUUACAUCGAUAAUCCCAACACCGACGAUCAUCCUCGUUGGGGUCUUGGCUUUGCCAUCCAGGCAGUAUCUGAUCAAGAAGCUAAAGCCCUUUUAACCAAGGUUCAAGCAGCCGAUCCUUUAGAUGAACCUAUGCGUCUUGUCAAGAUUCAGGACGGGAUUAAGAUUCUUCGGGGACGCAUUCCUUGGAGGAGCAUCGCCACUCCUGUUGUUGCCCCAUAUCUCCAUUGGGAGCGAUACUAUGAUAUUUACAAGAAGGGUGGAUACACCUCUAACAAUGGUCGCCCCGAUAAUCACGAAGGAUCCGUUGCUCUUGAAAUCUAUGUUACUGGACCUAGCGAUUCCUUCAUGUAUAUUGAUUACAUCAUUCUCAUGGGGAACACCAGCGCCUUUUUCAUCCGAACCAUCUAUUACUUCUAUUACUUCCGCAACUGCCUUCGAAGAAGUCCUAGCGGCACAAAACAAGGUGGAAGUGGAGAUCAACCCAGUGCCUGUUGA